AUUUUGUGCUGCUGCGCCGGUAUUUAUCUGAGAGGAGAUCGGGACUCGCUCACAUACUGUCUGUUGUCAAGCCUGCGUUUCACCGAUUUAUGUUUCUAGCGACGAGUCGGAAGCGUUUUACAGACAGAAAUCAGUUUUAGACAGGAAACGCUUCGUACUUUUUGUAUUUCCUUUGUUUUUUUGUACAGAGUGUGAGAGCGAAAAGCAAUGUCCUCCGAAAGUCCCGAGUACUCCCCAUUCUUCGCGGUGAUGGGCGCCUCUGCGGCGAUGGUGUUCAGCGCCUUGGGGGCAGCAUACGGCACGGCGAAGAGUGGGACGGGCAUCGCCGCCAUGUCGGUCAUGAGGCCGGAGCUCAUCAUGAAGUCCAUCAUCCCCGUAGUCAUGGCGGGGAUCAUAGCCAUCUACGGCCUGGUGGUGGCAGUGCUGAUCGCCAACUCCCUCUCGGAAAACGUCUCUCUCUUCAAGAGCUUCCUCCACCUGGGCGCGGGCCUGAGCGUGGGACUCAGCGGCUUGGCUGCCGGCUUCGCCAUCGGCAUCGUGGGAGACGCGGGGGUGCGGGGCACGGCGCAGCAGCCCAGGUUAUUUGUGGGCAUGAUCCUCAUCCUCAUUUUCGCCGAAGUCUUGGGGCUCUACGGGCUCAUCGUCGCCCUGAUCCUGUCCACAAAAUAAGCGUCCGUUCACCGCCGCUCUGUGAAGGAGAAGAAAACCAGAAAAAGGAAAAAAAAAAUAGCUCCGUAAUUAUAAUGGUCUUAUCUCCACAAUGUGUACAGUUGUCUCAAUUUGGUAGUCAACCCCUUGUAAAUGCGCAAUGUACGUUAGUGAUUUGUCUGUCCUGUGUGUGUUUAGGUAUAUGAUUUUGUUUUACAUCUUUUUUUUUUUUCUUCAGGUUAGUUAUAGUCAUUUGUUUUCCCCCUUCAUGGGAGAACUGACUCUGGAACUAACCUUUUGGGACAGUUUCCAAUUUCCAUAUUGAUGUUGAGGAAUUAUCUGUACAAAUAUAUGGAAUAGUUUUUUUUUCACUGAUUUUAUUUAUAAAGAUUUGAAAUGUUCAUAAAACUUGUUUAAAUGGAGCAAAGUCUUUAUUGAAUUCCCCAUUAUAUAUAUAUAUUAUAAAUAUAUCUAUGUAUAGGUAGAUUAUUGCACUGUGGGUAAUUGUAAUAAGUGCUUGGAAUUCCUCUGGAUGUAAUAAUUGGUUUAAAAAGGAGAUUGCCUUUAGUGUUCUGAUAUUGGAGUGGGAGUUCUGUGUGUGUGUUUUAAUUAUAAUGCUGACAUUCUCAAGAACACUUGUAACACGUUUUCCUGUAGUACAGCUGUUUGAUUGCAUUAAGGUGUGUGCCCACUGUUGGGUUUCACAGGUCUAAUUUCCAAAUAAAUUUCCUCAACUUAC